CUCAAAUGUCUGUGGUAGAUCGUCCUAUCCUCUAUGAAUGCCGAGCUGGCGGCGGCCGACACUCUGCGAAGCGAAGGUCCCGAUGAAGUGCAGAUAGGCGUGAUCGUUCUUCCCCUCGUGCUCUCUGCGGCCCUGGUGACCGUGGUGGUGGCGUACCGAUGUUUCGCCAACAGGCUCCGGCGAGAUCGCCUCGCCCUUGAGCGUCAAGCGGAGGUCGAAGAGAUAAGAGCUGCUCGAGGGAGAGAAGAAGCAGGGGAAGGGGGGUCCCCUCAUCGAAGUGCUGCCAUGGCGGGGCUGGGCGAAGACCAAUAUAUGUCGGCGUACAAGAAGCUGUUGGCCCAGGCCUGACCUUAGAAAACGCCUGCCUUUUCGUCAGCUAAUAAAGCUUCCUAUCGGUGUUGACUUACACACUCGCAUGGCUACUGAUAAAUACCGUGCUUGCUUCGAAGUGUUGUGUCCGGGCACGGAUAUCACUGAUUUUUUCGCCUUAUGGCGUGCACGUUCAGCAUAAGCUCGGAGAACCGAGCAAGGCGCAACUUUGGUGCCAUACCGGUCUACUCGUUUUGUAGAACACGUCUGUAUUAGCUGAAUUGAACCUGGUGCUGAUGUUUUCUACGAGCCUCGGUCGAGUUGAAAGCAGGGAUGCGUGUGUCCUCUUGCUGAGUAGACGCAGAGACCUAUUCCGACGAACGGUUUGCCUCCUCAACGGGUCUUUCAUUAAUACUUGGUCGACAGACGGCAGUAUUGUUUUGUUUGCGCAAGGAUUUCGAGUGUCCUCUUGCUGAGUAGACGCGGAGACCUAUUCCGACGAACAGUUUGCCUCCUCAACGAGUCUUUUUGUAAAUACUCGGUCGACAGACGGCAGUAUUGUUUGGUUUGCGCAAGGAUUUGGAGCGCCGGGAAGUGUACGCCCGAAGCGGGGCACGGGGAUGCUGGUGGGGAGUCUGUUCAGCGGCCUUAAACGUGAAGCCCCAACACGUAGACCUCUUCGAGGAAGCACGAAGACCCCUCCGAAGCAUUCAUAGGGUGCUUAUUUAGUGCGUGCACCCGUUACGCAUUAGAUACGCUGUGAGGCCGCGAGAGGGAACAUACGUACGCCUCUCGUAUUGUACAUGUAGUCCAUACAGCAGCUUCCCUCUUGACACGAGGGCAUUCGGCUACCAGGAGUGUGCCAUGUGUUAUGGACAUCGAGCAUCUCGGUCUCAACAUGUUUUCGAAUCUGGUACCGGAAGGUCUUCACGAUUUCUAUCGUAGCAAUAAUGGGCUUUCGUGCUCCCCAUUUUGUAGCCACAAGUAUUGGUGGCGGUUGGCUUCCAACCUUUGCUGUGGUCCAUUUGAAAUCAGUUCGCUCGCGACGAACGUGGUCGUGAUCUCUGAUGGGGUGCACUACGCCCUUGCAGUUUACAAGAAGGAAGUAUCUCCCCUGUCAAGUAGUCCUACGAGCCACGGAAUGCCUUGCCAGGAUUUCCCUUCUCUCCCGCGUGAAAGAUAGGCGUACAACACAACACUGCGAGUUAGCAUGGCGACGAUAAGUAAGUCAACCGAAGGGGGAAAAUGACUAUCCUCGAGGUUGAUUUGGCCCUGAGGUACCCAUGCUCGUGAACGAGCUCCUGAAAAUGGGAUUCCCAGGAAAGGCUACUUUUCGCGCAGAAUUUGUCCAGGGAUUGGGGGUAGCGUUGCCAGCUUUCCCAAACGUUUUGAGUCAUGGAUGAUGCUCGGGCUCGGUCCUGCAUCGCGAGGUUGAAUUGGUGAGGUUGCCCUUUCCGUUGGAAGGCGAGGAGUGAUAUGGUCUAUAUUUGCUUCCACAGCGAAUAAGAAGUUGUGCAUGGAAGCCGUGCACAUGGCACUCAAUUCCGUGUCGUGUUUGUCCAGUCCCAAGAGAGCCUUCACUUAGCAACAAAAUGAACAAGACAAAAGGGAACCCCCCCGUCCUUGUCUCAGUUGUUCUCCAAUACGGCGAUCUUCCACCACGCACUGAUCACAAGUUGCCCUGCAAAUAAUAAAAGGUUUCGCCGGGUUGUUUGCGUUCCAAACGAACUGCCCCCGGCAUGGGAAACACAAGGUCCGUCAAAAUGUUGAUGUGAAACAAGGGUGCACGACAGAAACAGUCAGGCGAGAAAUAAAGAGAGACAGACGUUCAUCAUCAUUGAGACAAAAUAGUCUAGUCCACGAGUUCGUGAUGGUUCGUGGCAAAGUACGGCGUUACUGCCGUAGCCCGUACGACACAGAAAAACACAACCGCUACAAGAAAAAAAAACACCCAAAGAGAAGGCAUGUCGGACGGUGCAAACAACGUCUGUCUUAACAAUGAAACUUGCCAAGUUUUAUUGUUGGGCACAAGGGGACGGAGGGGGAGAGGGCAUGACAAGCAUGGCUGCCAUAGCCCGCACACCAAAAAAAAAAAAAAAACGUUACAAGACAAAUGAAACACCCAAAGAUAAGACAUGUCGGACGGUGCAACGACGUCUUUACAAAAAACGUGGGAACAACGGGGAGGGGGGGGGAUGACAAGCGUUACUGCCGUAUAGCCCGUACGCCAAAAAAACACACAACCGCUGCAAGAAAAAAAAACACCCAAAGGGAAGGCAUGUCGGACGGUGCAAACAACGUCUUUACAAUAAAACUUGGGCACAAGGGGACAGAGGGGGAGAGGGCAUGACAAGCAUGGCCGUCAUAAUUUAGCCCGUACACAAAAAAACACACACACACACUUUCUAAAUUCUCACGUGUCCAGCCGCGCUAGCAACGGGACGUGCCGCUCCCGCACCAACACCAACCCUCUUCCGCGCCCCGGUGAAUUCCAGGAGGGCGGACCGUGUUGCAGACCGUGCUGCGCCCAAGACGACGGGGGCAACUACCGCAGCAGAGGAAGUAGGCGUUGCCGUAGCGGGCGAUGACGACACGGGCGUACGGCUGGAAGCUACCCCCGCCGCGGACACGGGUGUAGCCGCCGCGGGCGAGGACGACAUAGGGGCUGGGCUGCCUCCUACCCUGGCCGUAGAUGCGAGUGUUGCCGCAGCAGGCAGAGUAGAAGCGGACGUACGGAGUGCAGCUCCUGCGCCGGGUGGUGUCGCCGCCGAGAUGGGUUUGGCCAAGAAGUAGCUGUCGGGCUGCUCGCACGCGGCCACUAUUGCGGCUCGCAGUUCCAUCUUUUUUUGUUCGAAUGAUGCAUACUCCAACAUCCCCUUGAGUCUGCAAUGUUCGCCUUUUUGGCCUCUCGAGCGUCCGCCAAGCGAGCCCUGCCUGCGGCCUCUUCAUCCAAAGACUGCCUCGACACAACAGCCGCCGACAGAGCUUCCACGGCCGUCACCAGCUUGCCUGUGUUGGUCUCCUGGACGCGGCGGGCCUGCAGUUGCGCAUUGGCGGCCGCUACAGCAGCAGUCUCCUUCUUCACCUGUGCUCGGCUUUGAAUUUCGCCGGCCCCCGUGAACAUCCGGAUCGCGUUGGACGACCGAUCAACCUCGGUGCNCAACUCGAUCGGGUCCUCUGCGUUCCCCGUUCCGGAUUGCAUGUGGUAGACUCCGUCCAGAAGGUACUCGAUGGCGUCUUCGUCUUGGCUGCCCGACGGUAGUGGGUCCCCAGGUUGUCCUUCGACGAAACUGGGCCAGGGGUGCACGGGAACAAGGUGGAGAAAGGUAGCAAGAACGGGUGAGAUUGGCAGCGAUCGUAAUGCACUCUCGCUCGUGUUUACGCGCAAAGGUGACCCAAAUUUCGAAUGUUGACGGGCAGCAGUUCACACCCGUCGCAACUGGUCUUACUAUUUUCGAUCGGUUUUCUUCUAUCCGACAUACUUCGAAGGGCCGUGUCGCGGAAACUACAUAUGUCAAGAAUACACACCCGUGUAUAUUUCGCUGAGGUUUAGAAUAUUAAUCCGGGAGUCAUGCCAAUCGGCCAAAGUGACACAGCACCGGUGUGCCACAUGCACAUGAGUUCCGUCAUCGGUUUAGAGUAGGCCGACCAGGGAGAGGGUCACCGUACCGAGGGCAAAACGACACACUGCGAAACGCACAAGGGUUUGUGACUACAGUUUUGACUUGGUGCGGAGAGUGCAACAAUAAAUCUGACAUGAGUGUAUCGUUGUUUAUUGUGUGUAUCACCGCGACAACCUGCAUGCGUAGUUUAUAUGAUCGGGGGGAAACACGGUGGGGGAUGGGCGGUCUACUUUCUUUUCUUCGCAACAUGUUGUACGCCCUGGGGCCACCUAUCUCAAAAGCUGUUCCCACCGGUGGUGUUAUGAUGCUUUUUUGAAGGGGGAGGGGGGAAACGCCAGCGAGUUGCCGCCACNGAGAGUGCAACAAUAAAUCUGACAUGAGUGUAUCGUUGUUUAUUGUGUGUAUCACCGCGACAACCUGCAUGCGUAGUUUAUAUGAUCGGGGGGAAACACGGUGGGGGAUGGGCGGUCUACUUUCUUUUCUUCGCAACAUGUUGUACGCCCUGGGGCCACCUAUCUCAAAAGCUGUUCCCACCGGUGGUGUUAUGAUGCUUUUUUGAAGGGGGAGGGGGGAAACGCCAGCGAGUUGCCGCCACAAGCAGCUGUUAACGCGAUUGAGCAUUUGUUCAACACUGCUGUUGUCCGCAUAGUACAUGUAUGGUGAUCAGGGCACGUGACAGUUCGAAAUUUAAAUGUAGUGCGGCAAUUCCAUU